GAUGAGACAAUUGGGGUUUCGAUUGAUGUGACCGUUAGGGGUGGUUGAAAAUCCACACAGUCGUGGUCAGUAGCAGGUUGGGCUCUUAGACCUGUCACGAUUGGGUUGGUUGUCGCGUUGACACCAAACCCUAGUCUGACUAACCUGAGGACACACCUAAGGACAAUAGAAAUCACAAAGGAGUAAGUUGAGCAUAAGGUUGGUCAUGGAAAAUUCAAGACCAAGGAAGAUAUUGAUGUUAUUGCUAUAGAUCAAUUCAAGAAGUUUUCUUCUACUGCCUGGCCUUUGUGGCUGAUCUGGCUUAAAUGGAAGUUCUUGGACAAAUUCUGUGUGUAUAUCAGACCUUUGCUGGGGAUUUAUAGCACAAGCUUCAAUGGUAAACCCUAAAUUGUCCCACCGUGCAAGUAUAUGCUAUAGGCCUAUAGAACCCUCUGAUCGUGAGAUUUUAGAGCAAAUCCAUUGUGAUUUGUUUCCCAUCAGGUAUGAGUCUGAGUUCUUUCAAAAUGUUGUCAACGGACAAGAUAUUGUAUCGUGGGCUGCUGUUGACCGCAAUCGGCCAAAUGGUCAAAGUGACGAACUUGUUGGAUUUGUAACUGCACGAAUUGUUCUUGCAAAAGAAAGUGAGAUAGGGGAUAUGCUCAGAUAUGACCCAUCAAAACCAGAUCAAACUUUAGUCUACAUUCUGACACUGGGAGUUGUAGAUGGCUAUAGAAAUCUUGGCAUAGCGUCUUCAUUAAUUCAGAAGGUCGUAAAAUAUGCCUCAAGUAUUCCAAGUUGUCGAGCAGUUUACUUGCAUGUGAUUUCUUACAAUGAUCCCGCAAUACGUUUGUACAAGAAAAUGUCAUUCCAGUGUGUAAGAAGGUUGCAAGGUUUUUACUUGAUUGGUGGUCAGCAUUAUGACUCAUACUUGUUUGUAUACUAUGUAAAUGGCGGUCGUUCUCCUUGCUCACCACUAGAGCUAGUUACCAUCAUGGUGAGUUAUAUGAGGAGUGGUUUGAAGACGGUGGCUGCAAAGCUAUACAAGAAUGAAGAUAGAAAGGUCCCAAAAUGGCCCAAAUGUAAAGAAAGCCAUUCCCUUAUAUCAACAACGCAGCACAGAAGAAGUUUGACUACUGAAUGUAAUGGGUGUGAGUGUGUUUGAUUUGUUACUCCUGUAGAUAAACAUUAUACCUUACUGCUCCUUUUAUGUGUAGUUAUUCUUACAGCCAUGAAAUAAUUUCUUGUUGUAAUAUACUCUAAUGUUUUAAGGUAAUGCCAAUUUAUUUUUCUUCA